AUGAUUUUUGAGACCAAAAACCUGGACUUACACAAAUGGAAGAACAAAAAUUACCCGGAAUUUCAGGGAACCCGGGAUAGAAAGAGACAAGAUAUAUUCAUUUACAGAGUUCAAGACCAAAGGGUCUAUCGUUUGGGAUUACGUUCAACUGCUGUUUGGGGUAUUGCCGUCUUUUGCUGGGUAAAUGACCGCCUCUUCUGUGAUAUUUGGUCAGCGAUAAGUUUCCCAUAUUUACAUGGAUUUUGGCAUGUAUUCAUCUUCAUCGCCGCCUACACCUUACUGGUAGUCUACGCUUACUUAUAUGUGGAGAGUGAACUGCCACAGCGCCAACCAUUGCUCAAAUAUUGGCCAGUCAACGAAUUCGAAUUUGGCAUACCAUUCAUAUCCAUACGCAAUCCCGGUAAAGAGUUUAAAAAUUCAAUUUAA